AUGGACGUAUGGAACGCUUCGCAUAUUAACCGGGCGAUAUCUCACAACGAAUUAGCUUCCAGGAAAUCGUACGUCGGUAACAAGACGUGGAAUCGCUCGAUUGAACCGAAAGAUUCCUGGUCGCCAGCUCCUAACUACAGACUUAAGAAUCAAGCUUUUUCCAUGAGCAAGAUGCCGGCGAAUUGGGUUAUCAAAAGCUGA